GCCCGACACGAAUGGUUCGUAAUUGACUGAGGAAGUUCGUGGAGUGUGAACCACUCCCAUGCUACUGGCCAAUUCAAACGCAAACUAGAAAACAACAACUUAUCUUUCUGGUUCUAGCCCAAACUCUGCAGGCUCUUCCUUAUACUGCCAACUGAGUUUCUGCGGAUAACAUCAACCUUCUUUCGCAUCUAUUUCCUUGAAGAUUUCGGUUUUCCAAAAGCUAUGGGAUUUGCUUCUGUGUUUCACCAUGGUGUGCGAAUUCCAAUGAAUUUUAAUCUUGGCUUGCUCAGUGUUUCACAACGAGUUCCAGCCGCAAAAUGGUCUGGGGCUCACUCUCAUGCCUCUCACUUUUACUCAGUUUAUCAUUGUCGUCGGGCUUAUUGUGAGCCGAUUUCGUGCUCAAAAGGGACUGACCACGGGGAUGAUUUAUCUGCAUUAGGCAAGAGGAUCAGUGCUCAGCCACAUGAUGACAUUGGCAACAUUGAGACACCUCGUGCUCACCCUGCAGUUAAUAACACACAGGCAUCUCAUGGAAAUAAAGAUUACAUGUCCUCUGUUAGAAUUGUUUCACUAUGGGUUUUUACUGCUGUGGCAUUUGGUGUUGGUGUGGGCCUUAAAGAAGGUGUUGACAAGGCAUCUGAGUUCUUUGCUGGGUACAUAUUGGAGCAGAGUCUGUCAGUAGAUAAUCUCUUUGUCUUUGUUCUAAUAUUCAAGUAUUUUAAAGUUCCCAUAAUGUAUCAGAGUCGUGUUCUUUCUUAUGGUAUUGCUGGUGCAGUUGUCUUUCGUCUAGCAUUAAUAUUUCUUGGAACUGCUACCCUUCAGAGGUUUGAGGCAGUCAACCUUCUACUGGCUGGAAUAUUACUGUACUCUUCAUUCAAGCUUUUUGCCAGUGAAGAAGACGAGUCUGACUUAUCUGAUAACCUUAUUGUGAAGACAUGCCAGAGAUUUAUCCCUGUAACAACGUAUUAUGAUGGAAACCGGUUUAUAACAAAUCAAGAUGGGUCUUGGAAAGCCACACCUUUGCUCCUUACUGUAGCAGUUAUUGAACUCAGUGACAUUGCAUUUGCAGUUGAUUCAAUCCCUGCAGUUUUUGGCGUAACACGGGAUCCAUUCAUAGUUUUUACUUCUAAUCUUUUUGCCAUAUUGGGUUUGAGAUCACUUUACACAAUUAUUUCCGAGAGUAUGUCUGAGUUGGAGUACUUACAGCCGACCAUUGCUGUUGUUCUGGGUUUUAUUGGGUUCAAGAUGAUUCUGGACUAUUUAGGGAUCCACGUGUCAACGGAGGCAUCCCUGGGUUUUGUAGCCUCAAGUUUAACUAUUGGAGUGGCAUUGAGUCUGGCAAAGAAGUCUGAAUAGAUUAAAAUAUUUUAACCAUUGAAAUUGGUAUGAUUGCUUAUAUUUACCAGGCAAUCACAUCAUCCCCCACCUUGUAGAAACACCGGUUAGUUGUUACUGGGGUACCUUCAGCUGUAAAAUUGUAGAAUGGUUUGCAGUUUAUCUUGAUAUUUACCGCUUCCACGCAAUGGUGAUUACUGACAUGUGCGGUUGAUUAUUCCAUUGAAAUGGUAAAUAAUUUUGUUAA